AACAAACUAACAAAGAAUAAAUAAACAAUAUAAAAAUAAAAUAAAUACUGCAGUCCUUAUGUUAUUGCUUUGUUUCAGUAUCUGGUAUGAUUGCCUGAGGGACCUGAGGUUUUUAAUUGUGGGGUUUUUUUUUUAAUCUUUAGAAGUGGUUGGUUAUGUAAAAUAUUAUUAUUAUUAUUAUUAUUUGAGACUGGGUUUUGCUCUGUCACCCAGGCAGGAGUGCAGUGGCUCGAUCACAGCUCACUGCAGCCUCAACCUCCUGGGCUUCAAGCAAUCCUCCUGCCUCAGCCUCCCAAGUAGCUGGGAUCACAGAUGUGUGCCACCACACCUGGCCAAUGUUAAAAAAUCCUUUAACUUUUUUGUAGAGAUGCACUCCUGGACUCAAGCGAUCCUCCUACUGGUCCCGACCACCAGCCUCUUUCUGAUAAACAUUUACACUGUUUAUUAUCUGAUGCCAUUUCUAUCUUCUUCCUUGUCAUCCAGACAUCAAAGAAUUAGGUUUCUUCAGGGUUUUCUUUUUCAAGUCCUCAUUGUUAAAGAUCACUCACAUUAGGGCCAGACACCACGACUCAUGCCUGUAAUCCCAGCACUUUGGGAGGCCAAGGCGGGCAGAGCACUUGAGGUGGGGAGUUUGAGACCAGCCCGGCCAACUUGGUGAAACCCCACCUCUACUGAAAAACAUACAAAAAUUAGCUGGGCGUGAUGGUGCAUGCCUGUAUCCCAGCCACUUGGGAGGCUGAGGCAUGAGAAUCGCUUGAACCCAGGAGGCAGAGGUUGUAGUGAGCCAAGAUCACAUCAGCACACUCUAGCCUGGGUGACAGAGCGAGACUCUGACUCAAAAAAUAAAUAAAAUAAAUAUCACUUACAUUAGAUAUACCCAAGGGGUGUUCUAUAGAGAGUUGGAAGCAGUGGUUAUUGCAACAGGGGCACGGAAGUCAUCUGGCUAUGCCAGGAUGCCCAGGGGAUACUCGGGGUGGAUGGCAUAGUGGUGCUGGGGACUCACCGCACAGGACGCUCUGAUUGACGCACUGCCAGGAGUAGCGCUCUGUCUUGGGGCUGCAGCCGGCCUCCUCAGCUCGAGUGUAACAACAGUCGUGGCCAUGGCAGCACCUGCGGAUGUCACAUGGGCAGGACAGCAGGUGGGUGAAGCUCUCUCCUGGCCCUCCUCUCUUGCCAGGACCAUGGGUGACUGAAGACCCCCAGGGAGGCACAGCAUCCUCUUAUCUAAGUUUUUUUUGUUUUUUUUUAAGAGACAGGGUCUUUCUCUGUCGCCCAGGCUGGACUGCAGAGGCACAAUCAUAGUUCACAGCAGCCUUGAACUCCUGGGCUCAAGCGAUCCUCCCACUUCAGUGUCCCAAGUAGCUGAGACUACAGGCACACGCCAGCAUGCCCGGCUGGUUUUUUAAUUUGUAUUUCCUUUGAGACAGCGUAUCUCUCUGUCGCUCAGGCUGGAGUGCAAUGGCUCAAUCAGCUCACUUUAGCCUUGAACUCCCGGGCUCAAGUGAUACUGCCACCUCAACCUCCCAAGUAUGCUACUACAGGAACACAAACUCCUUUUUUAAAUUUUUUGUGGAUAUGGGGGUCUCACUAUGUUGCCUAGGCUGGUCUCGAACUCCCAGGCUCAAGCAGUCCUCCUACCUCAGCCUCCCCAAAUGCUGGGAUUACAGGUGGGAGCUACUGUAUGCCUGGCCUUAUCUAAGCUGUUUCCCUGAAAAUCCCCGACUUGGGUAAUGAUUCCAUUGGCCCCACCAUGCCCUGUCCUGCCUUCCUGGCUGUGCCCAAGCUUGGUCCCUGCCUGCCUGCCUGCCUCACUCUCUGGGUCUCGAGCUUCUGUGACACAUGACUCCUCUCUCUUCCUGGAGUGAUCCAAGCCCUGCCACUUCCUGACUUUGCCCACACUGUACCCUCUGCCUGGGGCAACUUCAUGUCUGCCCAUUGUCCCUUAGGCCUCAGCACAGGCACAAGCCCCUGCCUCCGGAGGUCAUCCAGGCCUCACCAGGCUACACCCUCUCGUAAAAUUGGAUUCCCUCCCUUCAGGGCAGGUUUAUAAUGAAAUCCUCCUCAGAGGCCAGGUGCGCUGACACCCAUCUGUAAUCCCAGCACUUUGGGAGGCUGAGGUGGGAGGAUCACUUGAGGCCAGGGGGUCGAGACCAGCCUGGGCAACAUAAGAGAGACUCUUGUCUCUAUAACAAAUUUAAAAAUUAGCUCACCAGGCCAGGCUCAGUGGCUCAUGCCUGUAAUCCCAACACUUUGAGAGGCCGAGGCAGGUGGAUCACGAGGUCAGGAGUUCGAGAGCAGCCUGAUCAACACGGCGAAACCCUGUCUCUACUAAAAAUACAAAAUUAGCCAGGCAUGGUGGCACGCACCUGUAAUCCCAGCUACUCGGGAGGCUGAGGUAGGAGAAUUGCUUGAACCCAGGAGGUGGAGGUUGCGGUGAGCCAAGAUCAUGCCAUUGCAGUCCAGCCUGAGCAACAGAGCAAGACUCUGUCUCGAGACAAUAAAAACACACAAAAAAUUAACUCGCCAGGAUGGCACAUGCCUAUAGUCCUAGCUACUUGGGAGGCUGAGGUGGGAGGAUUCCCUUCAGCCCAGGAGUUUGAGGCUGCAGUGAGCCACUAUGAUUGUGCCACUGCACUCUAACCUGGGCAAAAGCGAGACCCCAGGCUAGAGUGCAUGAUUUUGGGUCACUGCAACCUCCACCUCCCAGGUUCAAGUGAUUCUCCUGCCUCAGCCUCUUGAGUAGCUGGGACUACAGGCAUGUGCCACCACGCCUGGGUGAUUUUUGUAUUUUUAGUAGAGACAGGGUUUAGUAGAGACCAUGGUGAAACCCCGUCUCUAUUAAACAAAUCUCUACUAACCCCAUCUCUACAAAAAACAGCUGGGCGUGGUAGUGCACACCUGUAAUUCCAGCUACUUGGGAGGCUGAGGCACGAGAAUCAUUUGCAUCUUGGAGGCAGAGUUUGCAGUGAGCUGACAUCGCACCACUGCACUCCAGCCGGGAUGACAGAGCAAGACCCUGUCUCAAAAAAAGGAAAAAGGAACAAACAACAGCAACGACAACAAAAAACCCUCUGUGUCAAUCACAGCCUUCAAGCUAGGGGAGAGGCGGCCGAAUUCUGCCCUCUGCUAACUAACUAUAGCUUUGUGGAAAUGGGUGAGUGGCAUGCCCUUUUGAGCCUCAGGGCCCCAUCUGUAAAAUGGGCAUAACCGUCAUGCCCGUCUUUAAGAACAGCCUUGGGGGUAAAUGAGUGGAACUCAUGGAAAGAUCUCAGCCCACAACCUUCCACAGAACAGGCGCUUCUCACACAGUAAGUAGCAGGAGUGCAGAGGCUGCAGGCAUGAAUCCAGCCAGACUGCCUGGGUUCAAGUCCCAGCUCCCACGUCUUGGUAACUAUGUGGCCUCAGACAAGUUACUUAAUAUUUCUUUUUUUUUUUCUUUUCAGAAGGAGUUUUGCUCUGUCACCCAGGUUGGAGUGCAGUGGUGUGAUCUCGGCUCAUUGCAACCUCUGCCUCCCGGGUUCAAGCAAUUCUCCUGCCUCAGCUUCCUGAGUAGCUGGAAUUACAGGCACCUGCCACCACACAAAGCUAAUUUUUGUAUUUUUAGUAGAGACGGGGUUUCACCAUGUUGGCCAGGAUGAUCUCGAACUCCUAACCUCAUGAUCCGCCUGCCUCAGCCUCCCAAAGUGCUGGGAUUACAGGCGUGAGCCACCAUGCCCAGCCAAAUCUAGGGCCAGAACGUGGCUGCAGCAUAUAAAAAGAAUUGAAUUCCAUACUUUUGUUAACCCUGUUUUUUGUUUGUUUGUAGUUGUUGCUGUUUUUGAGACAGAGUCUCGCUCUGUCGCCUAGGCUGGAGUGCAGUGGUGCAAUCUCGGCUCACUGCAGACUCUGCCUCCCGGGUUCAAACUAUUCUCCUGCCUCAGCCUCCCAAGUAGGUGGGACUACAGGUGCCCACCACCACACCCGGCUAAUUUUUGUGUUUUAUUAGAGACAGGGUUUCACCAUAUUGGCCAGGCUGGUCUGGAACUCCUGACCUUGUGAUCCGCCCACCUCGGCCUCCCAAAGUGCUGGGAUUACAGGCGUGAGCCACCACACCCAGCCCCUCUUUUGUUUUUGUUUUGCUUGCUUCUUAGGGUUGUUUUUCUAUUUAUGGUAAAGGCAUUGGCUUUCCAUUUGUAGCAUCAAUAGAAUAUUUCCUGUUUACAAUAACCUUAUGUCAUAGUAAAUGGUAAAGGGAUUUAAAGCAGUGGUUUUCAGCUGCCAGAGGCCUGAGAGAGUUUGGGCAUACUCUGUGUGAUCGGGCAGAAGACCUGUGGGAAGUUUAGCAGAGGACAGGGCCAGGAAAGGUGAUGGACAGUGGGGGUCUGUCCUGGUCACCAGGCCCCUGGGUCCUGCCCACCUGCUUGGAGCUCCCCACCCAUCACACAUGAUGCUGCCAAGCCCUCUGGGUAUUGUGGGCAAAUACCUUAGGAGAGAAGCUGAUGAACUUUGUUUCUUGAAAUGCACAGAUUCCUUGGACAUCCCUGAGAGGUCAAUCAUGAAAGUCAACUUGGUUUUCUCCCCCUCAUUUGGGUUCAGAAUUUAAAGUCCACACACACAGGCAGUAAGAUGAUAUAGAUAAGGACAUCAUCACUCGGUUUCGGAUGUUAAAAUGUCUAGGUGGGUUAGGGGUGAUUUGCGAUCACACAACCUUGUGGCACAAAGAGGAAUUCCCAGGCCAGAGGGAGACAUUUUAUUGCCAUGUUAUGAUCUUAUCAUUGAGUUGAAAGGCAAUCUUGUUUCAUUUUGGAUUCUUUCUUAUGUUUAUGUCUUCUAAGGGCACUUUGAAUUUCCAAGCAAAUAAUAAUUUUGAAUUAGCUUUUAAUCAUUGACUUCUAGCACAGUUAUAUGAUCAGAAACAUGCUGUGUGAUUUGAUUGCUCUCAAAUAUAUUGAGAUUUGCUGGAACAAAAUAAGUCAGGUUAAUUUUUGUAAAUGUACCAUGCAUGCUUAAAAUGAAUGUAUCUACAUUUGUUCCUGAGAUACAGGUUGAUGGACGGAUGGCUACAUGGAUGUGAUGGAGAUGGUUUACUAUCGGGACCUUCCGCAUCCUGCUGAUGUUUUGUUGCUUAGGAUAUGAAUGGCUGAGCGGAGGCUGUAAAACCUGGCACCCUGCUUGGGUAUGAGGUUCUUCCUGCCAUCCUGCCAUCAUUUGUUUUUUAUGUUUUGUCGCCAAAAGUGACCUUGAGGAACCCUGGGAGCUCAGGAAGGAAGGAGCGCCCAGAAGCAGGGACAGGGAGCUGGUUGGGGAGGACCAGAAAUCAGGGCGCCCUGAAAGGACCAGGACAUGCGGCUGCGGCUGCGGUGGUGGCUCCUCUUUUGGCUCCUGCUGGGAUUUAUCAGCCAUCAUCCCACCCCUGUUAUCAAUACUCUGGCUGUCUAUCGUCAUCGUGAGACUGACUUUUGUGGAGGAGUUCGAGACCACCCUGGCCAACAUGGCAAAACCCCAUCUCCACAAAAAUUGGAUAAUUUGAUAAUUAUCAUUAUUGGGUUUCUGAGACCUUACACAUUUACCAUUCUCUUCUGCACAAAUUACCUUUGUGUGUCUUUCCUGAAGACUAUCUUCUGUUCUCGAAAUGGACAUGAUGGAUCCACGGAUGUACAGCAGAGAGCCUGGAGGUCCAACCGACGUAGACAGGAAGGAAAUAAAAUUGGCCUGAAAGACGUCAUUACUCCAUGGAGACAUGUGGAAAGAAAAUUUAGAGCGAAAAUCCAUAAGAGGAAGGUGACAACGAAAAUCAACCAUCAUGACAAAAUCAAUGGAAAGAGGAAGACCGCCAGAAAACAGAAAAUGUUUCAACGUGCGCAAGAGUUGCGGCGGCGGGCAGAGGACUACCACAAAUGCAAAAUCCCCCCUCCUGCAAGAAAGCCUCUUUGCAACCGGGUCAGAAUGGCGGCAGCGGAGCAUCGUCAUUCUUCAGGAUUGCCCUACUGGCCCUACCUCACAGCUGAAACUUUAAAAAACAGGAUGGGCCGCCAGCCACCUCCUCCGACUCAACAACGUUCUAUAACGGAUAACUCCCUGAGCCUCAAGACACCUCCUGAAUGUCUCCAUCGUCCCCUUCCACCCUCAGUGGAUGAUAAUAUCAAGGAGUGUCCUCUUGCUCCUCUUCCACACUCUCCUCUUCCACCCUCAGUGGAUGAUAAUCUGAAGGAAUGUCUCCUUAUCCCUCUUCCACCCUCUCCUCUUCCACCCUCAGUGGAUGAUAAUCUGAAGGAGUGUCUCCUUGCUCCUCUUCCACCCUCUCCUCUUCCACCCUCAGUGGAUGAUAAUCUGAACGAGUGUCUCCUUGCUCCUCUUCCACCCUCAGUGGAUGAUAAUCUGAAGGAGUGUCUCCUUGCUCCUCUUCCACCCUCUCCUCUUCCACCCUCAGUGGAUGAUAAUCUGAAGGAGUGUCUCCUUGCUCCUCUUCCACCCUCAGUGGAUGAUAAUCUGAAGGAGUGUCUCCUUGCUCCUCUUCCACCCUCAGUGGAUGAUAAUCUGAAGGAGUGUCUCCUUGCUCCUCUUCCACCCUCUCCUCUUCCACCCUCAGUGGAUGAUAAUCUGAAGGAGUGUCUCCUUGCUGCUCUUCCACCCUCAGUGGAUGAUAAUCUGAAGGAGUGUCUCCUUGCUCCUCUUCCACCCUCUCCUCUUCCACCCUCAGUGGAUGAUAAUCUGAAGGAGUGUCUCCUUGCUCCUCUUCCACCCUCUCCUCUUCCACCCUCAGUGGAUGAUAAUCUGAAGACUCCUCCCUUAGCUACUCAGGAGGCUGAGGCGGAAAAACCACCCAAACCCAAGAGGUGGAGGGUGGAUGAGGUGGAACAAUCACCAAAACCCAAGAGGCGGAGGGCGGAUGAGGUGAAACAAUCGCCCAAGCCCAAGAGGCAGAGGGAGGCCGAGACACAAUUACCCAAACCCAAGAGGCGGAGGGCGGAUGAGGUGGAACAAUCGCCCAAGCCCAAGAGGCAGAGGGAGGCCGAGACACAAUUACCCAAACCCAAGAGGCGGAGGUUGAGUAAGCUGAGAACACGCCAUUGCACUCAAGCCUGGGCAAUAAGAAUAAAUCCGUGGGUCGAAAAAAAGAAAAAAAUCAAAAAAUAAAACAAAACCCACACUCCAAAAACAAACUAACAAGGAAUAAAUAAAUAAUAUAAAAAUAAAAUAAAUACUGCAGUCCUUAUGUUAUUGCUUUGUUUCAGUAUCUGGUAUGAUUGCCU